CUUGAAUUAUUGGUAGAAAACUGGAAAGCAAUCGAUAAAAUAAGUCCCUAGCUCUUUGUUAUUUUUGGAAGCAUGCCUUUGGUUACCAUAUUUUGUGAAUUAAUUUGAUCAAAUUGAAACCGGUAAAUUAACAUAAUUUGUUUGUACGCGUAUUGCUGGUCUCCCUGUCUUAAGUUUAAAUUGAUCAUACAAGGAGAAAAUAUGAAAUGAGCAAAACUUUAGUUGACCAUAUAUGUUGUGAUACGGGUAGUCACUAUUAAAUUAAACAUCUCAAUGGGGGAUAGUGAUUCGGUGAAUGCAUGCUAUAUAUGAAAAGGGUCGGUAAAGGGAGAUAAAGUUGCAAAAUAAGAAUGCAAUGAAAUUGAACACCAUGUAGUUACUUUGUAGCUUUACACUACCAAAAACCAGAAGAAACUUCCACUAACAUAUUUGGGACUUGUUUGAUUAUUCAGACUGUUGGCACAAUGGUCGGUCAUCGAGAUUACUCGUUUGCUUCUGCAUGGCAUCCGGAUGGACGUACCUUUGCAACCGGGAAUCAGGACAAGACUUGCAGAGUAUGGGAUGCUAGACACUUGUCAUCUCCUAUCGCCAUUCUCAAGGGUAACCUAGGGGCGACCCGGUCUAUUCGAUUUUCUUCAGAUGGCCAAUAUAUGGUGGUUGCUGAGCCUGCAGAUUUUGUGCAUGUUUAUAGUACAAAGGCAGACUACAGAAAACGUCAAGAGAUUGAUUUCUUUGGGGAAAUUUCUGGGGUUUCUCUGAGUCCUGAUGAUGAGUGUAUGUAUAUUGGAAUCUGGGAUCGGACUUAUGCAAGCUUGCUACAGUAUAAUAGGAAGCACCAAUAUCAUUAUCUUGAUUCCUACUUUUGAUCUUGGUUCCUGCUAGUUGAUUUAGGUUACUCAUUGACGUUAUUUUAUAGAGCAGUUUGGGAUUCUAGAUCCUCCCCCCUUUGUUUCUGGCAGUAUUUUAUGUAGGUCAGUCUGAUUAAUCAAAGACCACAGCAUCAAAGGAUAUUUCUAUAAUGAAAUCAUGUCUCACCUUCCUUGUAUUUCUGAUCUUCUGAUGUGAAUGGCAUCAGCAGAAAUCGUAAAUUGCAUGGUAUUAAUGUUAUAUAUAUAUAUGUUGUCUUCCUUCA